AUGGCUCCCCUUUCGGACCAGGCCAUAAACAGGGAUGAGAAGCUCCAUGAGUCGGGGGCUUCCUCCUCAUCUCAGGUCGAUGGAGGAUUUGAAAAAGAGGCUGAGCCUCCCCUGCACAAACCCCAGCUGGGUUUAGCAAAUGACCCUGCGGCUGCUGGAACUACCUUCCAUCAGCUGGAAAACACCGCCUUGGACGGGGGGAAGAUCGAGUUGACAGAAGAAGAAUGCUACGAUCAGCUGGGCUACUCUUUCCCAAGUUGGAGAAAAUGGAUGAUUAUCUCAGUUAUCUUCCUUGUCCAGGUUUCUAUGAAUUUCAACACCAGUUUGUAUUCUAAUGCGCUGGGGGGUAUUUCGGAGGAAUUUGGCGUCAGCAUGCAAGCUGCUCGUUGUGGAGCGAUGAUCUUCCUUGUGCUCUAUGCGUUUGGUUGCGAGCUAUGGGCUCCGUGGAGCGAGGAACUGGGUCGCAAACCGAUUCUGCAGGCAAGCUUGUUCCUGGUCAAUGUCUGGCAACUCCCUGUUGCCCUCGCCCCGAAUUUUGCCUCUAUUAUGGUUGGCCGUGCGCUAGGUGGUCUUAGCUCCGCUGGAGGAUCGGUCACUCUCGGUAUGAUUGCAGAUCUGUGGGAAGCUGAUGACCAGCAAUAUGCUGUAGCCUGUGUGGUCUUCUCUUCUGUUGGUGGAUCGGUACUUGGACCAGUUGUGGGUGGAUUUGUUGAAGCAUACCUGCCAUGGCGCUGGAACAUCUGGAUCCAGCUCAUUUUUGGAGGAUUUGUCCAGAUUGCCCAUUUCCUCCUCGUCCCCGAGACCCGUACUACUAUUCUGAUGGACCGGAUUGCCAAGAAAAAGAGAGAGAGCGGCGAAAAUCCUAACCUCUAUGGUCCUAACGAGCUCAUCCCCUACAGGGAGCGAUUCUCCAUGAGGGAAAUUCUGGUCACCUGGGUCCGUCCCUUCAAGAUGUUCUUGACUGAGCCGAUCGUCCUUACCCUCUCUCUUUUGAGUGGAUUCAGUGAUGCCCUGAUCUUCAUGUUCAUUCAAUCAUUUGGUCUCGUGUAUGCCCAAUGGAACUUCAGCACCGUGGCAUUGGGCCUCUCGUUCCUUCCAAUUCUCGUGGGUUAUUUCAUUGCCUGGGCUUCGUUUGUCCCCGCGAUCAGAAGAAACGUCUACGAACGGCGGAUGAGGCCAGAUGACGAGCAUACCCAAUAUGAAUCCCGACUCUGGUGGUUGUUGUACACUGCGCCCUGUCUUCCCAUUGGUUUGAUUGGCUUCGCAUGGACCAGUCUACCCCAGACACACUGGAUUGGAACUAUGGUUUUCUCGGCGAUCGUCGGUAUUGCUAACUAUAGUAUUUACAUGGCUACUAUCGACUACAUGGUCUGUGCAUACGGUCCGUACUCGGCCUCAGCGACGGGUGGAAAUGGAUGGGCGAGAGACUUCCUCGCUGGUGUUCUUACCAUCCCUGCUACUCCUUUCUAUCAGAAUAUUGGCGGAAAGUACCAUCUGGAGUACGCAUCUACGAUUCUAUUCUGCAUCUCAUUCGUGCUUGUAAUUGCGGUAUAUGUGAUCUAUUGGAAAGGACCAACAUUACGCAAGCGCUCGCCCUUUGCCCAGCAAUUAUCCGAUGCCCGCGUCGAAAUGCAAACCCAUGGUCGCCGGCUUUCUAAGAUCCCCUCCGGGUCCCGGGCGAACUCCUUUGCUCGGUCUCAGCAGAACUUGCGCAUCCGUCAAAAUCUUGGGAGCCGUCAAGGCAGCUAUAUUGGAUCCCGCCCUGCUUCACAUGCCAACUCCCGUGUGAAUUCACGCGUCAACUCUCGCCGAAACAGUGUUAAUCAAUAG